ACAUCGACGCACAACGGUUGCCGAGCGGAAAACGAACGUUUCAUACACGAACAGGCAAAGGGAUGCACAUGGACCUACUCCGCAGGCAGGAAUGUACAUUCAUAUAACGUUCUGGGUGGAUGGAGAUCAUCUUUCAUCACCAUGAUCUCAGUUGCAAUUUAAAUUUGCUAUCGGUGGCAUAACAUGCUGCAGUCGACCCGGUGGUUCCCACGUGUGUCCACAUACGUUUGUGUUGAGGUUAGUUGUGUACGUGAAUGCGGAAGGACGCGGCUUCAGCCCCGGGUCCUCCGGAGGUGAGCCUGCUCGCAGUGACAUGGUAAUAUGUUUUGAAUCGUUCUGGAAAGCUGCGGACCAGAAGAGAUACAGGUUGCCAAUGACUGGUGAAGACACUGGUUUGGGGGCUUUGGCCUCGCCACUGGUGGGGUAUUUGGGAAAAGUUCAGGAAAGAGCUGCUUCACUGGAGCAUUGUCCCUGGUGUACUUCAAAAGGCUUGACCUACGCUCUGCGAUCGUACCGCAUCAACCUCCAGGAGUCCGUCACCCUCUGCACGAACCCACAGUGCCUUUUCCCCCUGGUCAGCCGGUCCUUGGAGGAUGUUUUGGCCUGCUUGGAUCCCGUGGGGCCCACUGUUGGGACCAAAAGAAAGAAUUGCUCAGCACUGGAAACGGAAGAGUUGAUCAGUCCCGCACACAAACGCCUGCGAUCAGGUGUUCCAGACAUGCUGAGCAGCCCAGCCCAGCGCGGUGCUGAAGGCGCUGUCCUUAAUGGCCAUCACGCAGCGCCAAAGACAGAAGACAGUAAGGCGAACGGAUGCGGGGAUUCUGCAGGUGUAGAGACAGCCGGCAGAGAGUCGCCACAACAUGAGGACGAUGUUCUGGUCAAGGAACCAGCGAACGCUGCGUGUGGGGAUGCUUUAGCUCCCCGUACAUGCUGGACUUCUGCUGCACGCCGGCAGUGCUCAUCUGAAGCCUUAUUGAUCGGCGAUCGUGACGACCCCGUGGUCUCUCCUCGGCAUGCGGCUCCUGGUACCCCGGAGGCAGAGGAGGACUUUGGGCCGAGCAAACGCUGCAGCCUCGGCUCCAAUCCGCCCAGUUUCACGAGCGACCACAAUUAUACAGCGGAAAUUAUGCCUCUGCACAACGGGCGGAUCGCAAGGACGCAAUGGAAAACACUGACCGCAGACGUCCCCGAAUGUGAAGACGUUCCAAUGGAGAGUUUGUCCUCCGCGUCGCCGUCAAAGUCGGAGGACCUGGUGUCCGUUGCAAAUCAGCCCUUUUGGAGUAACAGCGACAACUUGUGUUGGCUGGACUCGCUGCUGGUCGCACUGGUAAACUGUAAGAGUUUGAUAGAGUGUAAACCUAAAGAUGAGGCCGAGCAGUCAUCCGUCUGGCAGCUGAUGAGAGGAUACGAAGACAUCUGUGCUUCCAUCCGUAUGCAUCAACAGACCGGCGGGGAUGGCGCCGUGAAGGUGCCACGUCAUGUGCUGGAAAAGGCUGAUGCAGACCUCCGGUGUCUCAGGAUGUCAGCCUUCAAACUACUGCAGCCCAAGCUGAAUUGCAAACUGGGUCAGAGGGAAACUCCGGUAUUCGCCAUGCCGCUUCUGCUGGCGUCAGACCCGUGGGCGGAGCCUCUCUUCCAGUCCACCUUUCACUGGAUGUUCAGGUGCAGUGAAUGCAAAGCUGCCUCGGCGGAAAGGGUUUUGAAAACUCUCCCCACCUUCACAAACGUUUUUCCUGAUUGGAGCCCACUUAAUGCCGUCCACUCGGCUCCGUGCAACGUGUGCUGCCAGAAGAACCAGAGGAGGACCAUGGUGCUGGAGAGCGUGCCUUCUGUGUUUGCGCUGCACUUUGUGGAGGGGCUUCCUGACAACGAUGUCAGGAGAUACGCCUUCACCUUCAAGGAGAGUCGCUACUCGGUCACCACGGUGAUUCAGUACGACCACCAACUUAAGCACUUUGUCACCUGGACUCGUAACUCCGACGGAUCAUGGCUCGAAUACGACGACUUGAAACAUCCGGAGUGUCGAAGCCAUCGAAGGUUCCCGGUUCCUGCUCAGGAGAUGCACGUCGUCUUCUGGGAGGUGGAGGAGGAGGAGGACCAAGAGCCUCGUGCGUGUUUUCCCUCCACCACAUUUGCUGAAUCUCCCCCCUUUAAAAAGGAGGUGAGCCCCAGUCGAGGGGACAAAGACUUACCAGCGGACAGACUGUCGUAUUGCACUCCCGAUUGGUCGCUGCUGCGGACUCCCAGCGUUGCCUGUGCCUUCUCUCUAGCCGACGACGGCACCAACAUCACGGACACCCCGGCGGGCGCCGUUGGCAACACGUCCAUAGGUUCCACGACGCUGCUCGACACCUUCGAGGGCCUCUCCCACGACGACAUCGUCACGCUCACGCUGGUGGAAUUAAAUGAGGAAGGAACCCCGAAUCUGAACAGCCCCAGCAGGAACAAGAUGCUCGACUACGCCCCAGAUAGCCCCUGCUCCCUCUCAAGUGCCGAAAUCUCCCUCGGCCGCGGCGCAGAGCUCCCCCAACCUACUGAAUCAGAUCGCGCAGAAGGCUCGUCCAGCGAUCCUUCGUUUGUGCCCGAUGGUAGGAAAAGACGAGGCCGAAGACGAGGCACACGAUUCACCCGACGCAAAAGAUCUGCGGCAAAGGCGGCAGCCCCGAAGGCGGCAGGAAAGGCAGCACCAAAGGCACCAAAAGCUGCAGCACCAAAGGCACCAAAAGCUGCAGCACCAAAGGCACCAAAAGCUGCAGCACCAAAGGCACCAAAGGCGGCAGCACCUAAGGCAGCACCUGAGGCGGCGGCGCUAGAAGAGGUGGCGUUGGAGGCAGCACAGGUUUUGCCGGACGAGUCCGCGGAAGCUGCCACUGCGCUGGACACCACACCCCCCGUUGUCAAAGCACAGCAGGUGUCCCCUGUGUCCUCGACAGAUGCGUCCCCCCUAUCCGGAGGUCGGAGGAGUCCGCCGAUGCAGCAUCAGCACGCCCGCUGGUCCUUCCUGCUCAGCAAACACCCAAUGAACCAAGUCCAAAGGUCGAUCGCCAAGCUGGCCCCGUCUCACCCGACCACCACUACCACCGCCGUCGCACACGUGAAGCCCUCUCGGCCCGCUGCGCCCUCUCGGUCGACUUCCAACCCCGCGACAAAACCGCCGACCCCGGGAGGAUUUGCCCCGAAACAACAGCUCCGAACAGAGGAGGGCGAUGGUCUGCCGCUAAAAGCUGCCGAGAUGUACGACGGCUUCCUUACAAAGAGCUCAAGUCCGCUCCCGCCACCCGCCAGUCCCGACGGCAAGUUGAAGCCGUUUCAACCAGCGACUUUUAACCACCAGACACUGCUGAAGAACACCCCUCUGCCCCUGCCCCGAGCUGGCCUCCUUCCUGAGAUAAACGGGCCGAAGAUGCAAAGCAGCCGGUCCUCGAAGCCUCCUCCGGGCCUGAGCGACACGGAGGCCCUCAGGUACAAGCUGAUAAAGAAGCUGAAGGCAAAGAAGAAGAAGCUCGCCAAGCUGAACGAGAUGUUGGGUCACAACCGCGCCGCCGGCCCCCGACCCGACAGCACCGACCUGGGCUCGCCGCACACGGUCACCUCCAGCACUUACGACGGCUCCCUUUGCGACGACUUCCUGUCGGACCUGCUCUCGCCGGCGACGACCGCCAGCAACCUCUCGCCGGACAGCACCGGCUUCCUGGAGAUGCUCGCCAACGGGCAGGACGGAGCCGACCGGCCGGACGGCGGGGACAAUUCCGUCGGCUCGGCUGCCCGGGAGAACGCGCCCUCCCCCGAGAACUUCCUGGAGGAGUUCCUCUCGCAGGCUGUGGCUCAGAGGCCCAGCGAGAUGGAGACCGAGGCGCUCAGCGCACUCGAGCUCUUCGUUUGAGCUCCGAGCGCUUCGACCACCACUCGGCCUCUUGAGGAGCAUCUAGCAGAAUGGACGGUUCCAUUUGAAGUUAAAGGUUUAUGUUGCCGUUCACCCUGCGGUUGAUGGAGUUGAAAGCCAUGUUCACUGGGUUGGUUGGUUUGUUUGUUUGUUUGGUUGAACCAUGGAUGAUAUUGUUGUAUACUUUUAUGGUCUCUGGCACGUUUUACAUAGUGUGUUGCCGAGUUGUUUGAAGCAGUCAGGUCUGUUUGCUUUGUUAUUUAGACAACUUACUUGAAUAUUUUCAUGAAAAAAUAAUUUGUUAUUUAAUAAUAAACUUUAGAUGA